ACAGCUCUUGGGCGUCAAGCCGGCCGCUUUGGUUACUACGGUCUAAGCUCCUGCCUUCGCGGAUAGGCUGAAGGGUGGAGCUAGGGCGGGCUGAUUGAGAAGCUUCAAGAUGGCGGCGAUGUAAACAGUGCUAGUGGGAUGUGGAGUGGUCUGUUACCUUCUGGUGUGAAUGAAAGUGAUAUUGAUACAAGUUCUGAUGAAGAAACGUUGGAAGGUCCUGUGCCCAUCUUAAAAGAGGAAAAAGAACUAAAAGAGUUCAGAGGAGCUCAGGCUUCUGACUUCAAAACUGGGGAAAGUAUCACUGAAAGAGAUCCUGCUUCAGCAGUGGUUGAUGACACCCAGGAAUUCCAAACAUGUCCUUCCGGAGUUUCUUUAGAUAUGUGGCAUAAAUUUCAAAACUUGCAAAAGAAAAACUUUGAGAUGAAAAUCCAAACAAAUCAAAGAGAAAGGGGACAAAAGAGGAAGCGUUCCAGAAAAGUUAAAUUGAAAACAAAUAAUAAAGAAGAAGAUAAGAGUCAACAAACCACAAAUGAAAGCCGGUUGAGAGAGCUCACUCAGUAUUUUGGAAUCAAUGAUAGAUUUGAGUCACCUGCAAGCAAGGAAGGUGCUCCAAAGUCUGGCCUUGAAAUCAGUAUAGACAAAGCCUUAGCUGAUGGAGAUACUGCACAGGCUGAGGAACUAAGUGACAGAUUAGCUACUCGAGAGCUUGGUGUGAAAAUUGCCAAAGCUGUUGCCUGCCGAAAUUUCAUAAAAACAAAACAAGACACAGAGGCCUCUCAAGAAGCCCAAAAGAAAAAGAAGCUUGCUUGGGGAUUUGAAGCCAAGAAAAGAUGGGAAACAAAAAGCAACAUGGGAUACAUGUAGUUUGUGCCUUGGAUGGAGGGGGGGGGGAGCAUUUUAAAGAUAAAGGAGAGGGUUUGUUAGUACUGAGAAUACUUGCAUUAUAUUUUUCAUUACCAUUAUUUGUGCAGCUGGAUGGAUCACUGUGGACUAAUUUAAGUUUGCAUUCCAUACUCCAGAAGGUAUCUCUGGAAUAUUUCAAAACUUGUAUCUUCAUCACAGGAAAUGUUUCCAGCUUUUAUUCCCUUUCACACAUCCUCAAGAUUUAAAGUCUCUUGUUUGUUACAGCCCUAUUAAAAAUGUAAUCUUGAA